AUGUCGACCCUUGUUAUACCCGCCACCAUUCCCAAGUGUGAACGCAACAUCUGCUGUUACCACGGGCAAUGCAACUUCAACAAUUUCAGUAACCGGGGUCACCGCCGAUCCCACUCUGACCGGAAUCUCUUCUACUGCCAGUUCUACGAGACCAUCGCCUUCCUUACCACCCUUCCCGUCGGUGAACUCCUCUCGUCCAGCGAACACAAUCAUUACUAUCUCUGGAACAGGCACCACGGUAAUAUCGACAUUGACGGCAGGUACUUCCAGUACCAACUCUACCAUCUCCUCGUCGCUGCCUCCAUUCCCGGUCACGAACUCUACUUUAUCUCCGUCUACCUUGGGCAGCAUAACGAGUACGAUCGCAGGCACAGGCGGCACACCGAUACCCACGUUGACUGGAGGGACUUCGAGCCACCGUUCCCAACUCGGAAUGGAACGUCGACGGUAGGACCUACAGGAACCGCACCUCCAGAAGGAUCUGGAACUGUCUUCCUCACAACUGAGCCCCCAGAGACAUCGAGCGGUCUCAACGCCACGGCAACGACGCCGCCAUUCCCUGCUGGCAAUGUCACCGUAAUCCCAGUAUCGACUGGCAACGUCACUGUCACGUUGAUCUCCAGUGCACCGUCAGGCGUGGUCGCUUCGACAUUGACAAUCACAAGAGCCGACCGCCGCACCACGCAAACUCUUACAGUGCUGUGGUCUGCAAUAUUGACGCCGCCGUUCCCAACUUCAAACGGAACCGUUCCAGUUGCCGAACUCAACAUUCUCGUCGCUGCCAUCUUCGUCGUCGUCGUCUUCGUCAGUGUACCCUCCUACCGUGUCUUCGACUACUCCUGCCACCGUAACCAACGCAACGGGCCCGGCGGGAUCUUCCACACCAUGCCAUACGGUCACCGUAACCAGUGGGACAGUGACUCAAGUAAUUACCAGAAGUGUUCUGGUCUCAUCCAUGCCAACCUGCACGUCCAGGUGGCAGAACACAACCUCUACAAAGCCCUCAACCGGAGUCACAAACACAACACCGCCACGACUUUCAUCACAUCAACAACCAAGGCUUCGGUCUCAGCCGAGGGAGACAGUACCUCCAUGUUCGAGCCCGAUGGCCCGGUGGUGCCGACUACCACAGUCAGCGACUUCACUCUGCCAUCUAACAAGGCCUACCCUUGGGGUGGCAACGGGCCCCUCUUCCGGCGUCCCAACACAACCGCCAUCGACAGUGAGGAGGUGUCAGUCCGCCUGCCUGGUGGGUGGUGGUUGCGGUGGAAGCGGCAUUUUGACCGAUCGCGAUCGAGCGCGAAGGACAGGGGGGCAGACGUGACUCAGGAGACCUGA